AUGGAUAAAGUAGACCGAAAGGAAAAGUCAAAUACCAACAAAACCGUUUCUCCCAAUCACAAAGAAUUUCUUCAAGCCGGUGGACGUAACGAUGCUCACUUACUCAUCCCAAGUGGCGAUUGUUUACUCAAAGCCACAUUUGCUUCACGCGAACACUCGUUCUAUAAACGUUUGCACAACUACAACGAAUGGGUGUCUUCGAAAAUCACCCCCGAGUUCUAUGGCUUUGAGAAUCAUGACUUGGGACAUGGCAUGCAGGAAUAUAUCCGGAUGAAGAAUGUGACUUUUAACUAUAAGCGCCCCUUUGUGUUAGAUUUAAAGGUCGGUAUUCAUAGUUGGCACCCCGAGAUUCCUUCAUAUAAACUCCAAAAGCGGUUAAAAACAGAUGAGACGUCGACGACUAAUUUACUGGGAGUCCGAUUCUGCGGAUGUAAAAGAGUUGUCGGAGACCAAACCCUUAGCUAUAAUCGACACUUGUCUUUGAACGAAAUAACAACACGAGACGCGUUGAAAAGGUAUAUUAAACUCUUUUUGUUUGAUGGAGUGAAAUAUCGAGUUGCUGCGUUACCGUACUUUGUGAGUCGGUUGGACAAAAUCAUUGAACUCAUGAGAAUGGACAAGUUCAGAAUCUUCGGAGCGUCAACUUUGUUCGUCUAUGACGCAGACGCGAAGGACGAGGAAAAGAAAUUCGACUUGAGGUUCAUCGACUUCGCACAUACGUGGUGUUUGGAUAAAGAAGAGUGUAAGAUGGAAGAUGGCGUCAUCUUCGGGAUGGAGAACCUUAAAUGUAUGUUGAACGAAAUUAGUGUUGAAAUAACUGGAAAGAAAAUUAAAACGAUGUAA